AUGGAGAUCUGUCAUCGUCCAAUUGCCGCAAUUAUCCUCAUCUUCACCUUGUUCGCCAAUAUCAUCCUUCCUUCCGAGGCCAGAGGACAAGGCCUAGGGAAUGAUUUACAUGUUGGGUUUUAUUCUAAAACUUGCCCCCAGGUUGAGGACAUUGUCUCAGAUGUUGUAAAACGUUUUCAGGCGCAAGAUCCCAAGCUUCCUCCUGCACUCCUCCGCCUGUUUUUCCAUGAUUGUUUUGUCAAGGGUUGUGAUGCUUCCAUCUUGUUGGAUGCCACACCAUCUGGUCAGCCUGUAGAGAAAUUAUCUGAAGCCAAUGGCAAAACACUGCGAGGUCUUGAGGUUAUUGAUGAGAUCAAGGCCGAGCUCGAGAAGAGUUGCCCACGAACUGUAUCCUGCGCUGACAUAAUAGCGUAUGCGGCUAGGGAAGCCGUUGCACUUGCCGGCCUACCGCGUCACGAUGUCCCCGCCGGUCGCCGUGACAGUACCACUUCACGUGCUACAGAUGCCGAUGUCAGCCUCCCUACACCUACAAUGCCUCUGCAACAAAUAAUAGGAAUAUUCAACCAGAGAAAUUUCUCACUAGAAGAUAUUGUUGUCAUGUCUGGUGCACACUCUAUUGGCGAGUCACAAUGUAACCAAGUUAACCGUAGAAUAUACACGUUUGCCCCAAAUGUGCCCAGAGACCCUGCCCUAGAUCCAGCCUAUGCUGAUGAGCUAGCCCAAAAGUGCCCAGCACAGGUGCCUCCGGACCAAGAGUUAAAUUUUAAGGUGAACCUUGAUCCUGUAACACCAGAAGUGCUCGACAAUCAGUACUAUUUGAACCUGCAGCAAAAGAAAGGCUUGUUUCGAUCGGAUCAGGCACUGGCUACUGAUCCCGGCACCCAAGAAAUUGUGAACCAAAUGGCUGCUAGCAAUGAAGCUUGGACUAAAAGGUUUAUCAAGAACAUGAUCAAGAUGGGGAGAUCACAAGUUCUCACCAGGGAUGAGGGAGAGAUAAGGUUAAACUGUCGGGAGUUUAACAAAGAGCCGGACAGGAUCGACAAUGCUUAA